AUGAGACUUAUUCGCCAUAUUCUAGCCUCCCUGUGCAUCAUAGGCGUCGCCAGUGCUGCCACGAGCUCCUCAGAGGUACCGAAAAUAACCAAAAAGUCGGUUGAAAAUGACAAAAACUACAAAGCACCAUACUUCCCCCUCCUCGGCUUUCAAGAAUACAAAGGCAAUCCAAUCCUGUCCCCCAACCCCGACAACAACUGGGAGUCCGCAUACCUGUACAAUCCCUCCGCGAUUGUAAUCGACGACAAAGUAUGGUUGCUGUACCGUGCCCAGAACAAAUCCAAGACCUCGGUCAUUGGACUUGCCUGGUCUGAUGACGGCUACCAUUUCACGCGUCACGAUAAGCCAAUCAUGACCCCGACUGAGUGGUAUGAGAAGCCGGGUGGCUGUGAGGAUCCUCGGGUCGUUCGUGUGAAUGGCACAUUCUACAUGACGUACACUGGAUAUGACGGGCAGACAGCAAGACUUUGCAUCGCAACGUCGACUGAUUUGGUGACUUGGGCGAAACAUGGACCUAUUCUGCCAAACAUUACGGACGUGGUAUACAUGGCUGGUAAUCCUCAGGCAACGUAUGUGGCAAGGCGUCAAUGGAGCAAGUCGGGAGCCAUUAUUAAUGAGCCCAUUAACGGCACGUAUUAUAUGCAAUUCGGCGAUACGUAUCUAUAUACCGCAAACUCAACUGAUCUCAUUCAUUGGAACUAUGAGCCGUUCCCAGAGCCGUUUGCUCAAAGGCUCAACAUAUGGGAACAGUCGUUGAUGGAAUCUGCUGCUCCGCCAAUUAAGACUAGGGAUGGGAAGUGGUUGAAGAUAUAUAACGGUGUUGGCACGGGUCUAGGAGGAUUCAAGUUUGGUCAAUACAGCACGGGAGAGAUGUUGAUGGAUCCAGUCAAUCGGCCAAACGGUCCUCCUAUUGCACGAUUGGAGGUCCCUCUCCUCCAGCCAACUAGUGUUCAUGAAAUUGAUGGGCAGGUGGACAACGUGAUAUUUAGUGAAGGUUUGGUACAGUUUCACGGCAAGUGGUUUAUGUAUUUUGGGCAAGGGGACGAGUAUCUGGGAGUUGCAACGACGGAUGUGCAACCGUGA